CGAUGCGGGCCCCGCCCGUCGCCUCAGGUGCCAUUUGGACAGUCCUUUAGCGGCACGAUGUACUCUGAGUGGAGGUCACUGCAUUUGGUGAUUCAGAAUGAUCAGGGCCACACCAGUGUGCUGCACAGCUAUCCGGAGAGCGUUGGGCGAGAGGUGGCAAAUGCGGUGGUCCAUCCUCUUGGGCAGGCCUUAGGUACCCCUUCAGUGGCUGGUAGUGAGAGCUUGUUAAAAACUGACAAAGAAGUGAAAUGGACCAUGGAAGUAAUUUGCUAUGGAUUGACCCUUCCCUUGGAUGGAGAGACUGUAAAAUAUUGUGUUGAUGUAUAUACAGACUGGAUUAUGGCUUUAGUGUUGCCGAAAGAUUCUAUCCCAUUGCCAGUUAUUAAAGAGCCUAACCUAUAUGUUCAAAGUAUACUAAAACACCUGCAAAAUCUUUUUGUACCAAGACAGGAACAGGGCUCCAGUCAGAUCCGACUAUGCUUACAGGUCCUGAGAGCCAUUCAGAAACUGGCCCGUGAGUCAUCCAUCAUGGCACGAGAAACGUGGGAAGUCUUACUGUUGUUUCUUCUGCAGAUUAAUGACAUUCUUCUAGCCCCGCCAACUGUUCAAGGUGGCAUUGCUGAGAAUCUAGCAGAGAAGUUGAUUGGUGUUCUCUUUGAGGUUUGGUUACUAGCUUGUACUCGGUGCUUCCCAACACCUCCUUAUUGGAAAACAGCCAAGGAGAUGGUGGCAAACUGGAGGCACCACCCAGCAGUGGUGGAGCAGUGGAGCAAGGUCACCUGUGCACUCACAUCAAGAUUGCUACGCUUUACGUAUGGUCCUUCAUUUCCUCCAUUUAAAGUUCCUGAUGAAGAUGCCAGUCUGAUCCCUCCUGAAAUGGAUAACGAGUGUGUAGCACAGACGUGGUUUCGCUUCUUACAUAUGUUAAGUAAUCCCGUGGAUUUGAGUAACCCGGCCAUUAUAAGCUCUACUCCCAAAUUUCAGGAACAGUUCUUAAAUGUGAGCGGAAUGCCACAAGAAUUGAAUCAGUAUCCCUGCCUUAAACAUCUGCCUCAAAUAUUUUUUCGUGCCAUGCGUGGAAUCAGCUGUCUGGUGGAUGCAUUCUUAGGCAUUUCUAGACCCCGAUCGGAUAGUGCUCCUCCAACACCCGUGAAUAGAUUAAGUAUGCCUCAAAGCACUGCUGUCAAUACCACCCCACCACAUAACCGGAGGCACCGGGCUGUUACUGUGAAUAAGGCCACCAUGAAGACAAGCACAGUUAGUACUGCUCAUGCCUCGAAAGUUCAGCACCAGACAUCCUCCACUUCUCCUCUGUCAAGUCCCAAUCAGACAAGUUCUGAACCCCGGCCACUGCCUGCCCCUCGGAGACCAAAGGUUAACAGCAUCUUGAAUCUCUUUGGAUCAUGGUUAUUUGAUGCAGCGUUUGUUCACUGUAAACUUCAUAAUGGGAUAAACAGAGACAGCAGCAUGACUGCCAUUACAACACAAGCUAGCAUGGAGUUUCGACGGAAAGGGUCACAAAUGUCCACAGACACCAUGGUUUCCAAUCCUAUGUUUGAUGCAAGUGAAUUUCCUGAUAACUAUGAAGCAGGAAGAGCUGAGGCUUGUGGGACACUGUGUAGGAUUUUUUGUAGCAAGAAGACUGGAGAAGAGAUUCUGCCAGCUUAUUUAUCCAGAUUUUACAUGCUUUUAAUUCAAGGUUUGCAGAUAAAUGAUUAUGUGUGCCAUCCUGUCUUGGCCAGCGUUAUUCUAAACUCCCCUCCUUUGUUCUGCUGUGACUUGAAAGGGAUUGAUGUUGUGGUUCCUUACUUUAUUUCAGCUCUUGAAACCAUUUUGCCUGACAGAGAACUCUCAAAAUUCAAAAGCUAUGUAAAUCCAACAGAAUUGAGAAGAUCUUCCAUUAAUAUCCUACUUUCUUUGUUGCCCCUCCCUCAUCAUUUUGGCACAGUCAAAUCUGAGGUGGUCCUGGAAGGAAAGUUUAGUAAUGAUGACAGCUCUUCAUAUGAUAAACCGAUCACUUUUUUGUCCCUGAAGUUGAGACUUGUGAAUAUACUAAUAGGUGCCUUGCAAACGGAGACGGACCCCAACAACACUCAAAUGAUACUAGGGGCAAUGUUAAAUAUUGUUCAAGAUUCAGCACUUUUAGAAGCCAUUGGUUGCCAAAUGGAGAUGGGUGGUGGAGAAAAUCACCUGAAGAGUCAUAGUCGCACUAAUAGUGGUAUUAGUUCAGCAAGUGGUGGAAGCACAGAGCCCACAACUCCUGACAGUGAAAGACCUGCUCAGGCCCUCCUAAGGGAUUAUGAUUCAGCUGCUGGGCUCCUGAUCCGCAGCAUUCAUCUCGUCACCCAAAGACUCAACUCCCAGUGGCGGCAAGACAUGAGCAUAUCACUGGCAGCUCUAGAGCUCCUCUCUGGCCUGGCAAAGGUGAAGGUGAUGGUGGACUCUGGAGACCGGAAGCGAGCCAUCAGCUCCGUGUGCAGCUACAUUGUGUACCAGUGUAGUCGGCCAGCUCCUCUUCACUCCCGGGAUCUGCACUCCAUGAUAGUAGCGGCUUUUCAGUGUCUCUGUGUCUGGCUGACAGAGCACCCUGAUAUGCUUGAUGAAAAGGAUUGUCUUAAGGAAGUAUUGGAGAUUGUGGAACUGGGAAUUUCAGGAAGUAAGUCCAAGAACAGUGAGCAAGAGGUCAAGUACAAAGGAGAUAAGGAGCCAAACCCCGCAUCUAUGAGGGUAAAGGAUGCUGCAGAAGCCACCCUAACAUGUAUUAUGCAGUUGCUCGGCGCAUUUCCUUCACCCAGUGGUCCCGCUUCUCCUUGUAGUCUGGUGAAUGAGACCACUUUGAUCAAGUACUCCAGGCUGCCAACCAUAAAUAAACAUAGUUUCCGGUACUUUGUCUUGGAUAAUAGUGUCAUCCUGGCAAUGCUGGAGCAACCUCUUGGAAAUGAACAGAAUGAUUUUUUCCCCUCUGUCACUGUGCUGGUCCGGGGAAUGUCUGGAAGACUUGCUUGGGCACAACAACUUUGCCUUUUACCCAGAGGAGCAAAAGCAAAUCAGAAGCUUUUUGUACCUGAACCUCGUCCAAUUCCUAAAAAUGAUGUUGGAUUUAAAUAUACCGUCAAACAUCGACCAUUUCCUGAAGAGGUGGAUAAGAUUCCUUUUGUGAAAGCAGAUCUGAGCAUUCCAGAUUUGCAUGAAAUUGUCACUGAAGAAUUAGAAGAGAGACAUGAAAAAUUAAGGAAUGGCAUGGCUCAGCAGAUUGCUUACGAAACGCACCUUGAACAGCAAAGUGAGGAAGAAUUGCAGAAGAGAAGUUUCCCUGAUCCCAUUACAGAUUGUAAGCCUCCACCUCCUGCCCAGGAAUUCCAAACGGCACGCCUCUUCCUUUCACACUUUGGAUUUUUGUCCUUAGAAGCAUUGAAGGAACCUGCAAAUAGUCGCCUACCUCCUCACCUUAUUGCACUUGACUCCACGAUACCUGGAUUUUUUGAUGACAUUGGGUAUCUGGAUCUCUUGCCGUGUCGUCCCUUUGACACAGUUUUUAUUUUCUAUAUGAAACCAGGUCAGAAAACAAACCAGGAGAUUUUAAAGAAUGUGGAAUCUUCCAGAAAUGUUCAGCCACAUUUCCUAGAAUUUUUGCUCUCCCUUGGUUGGUCGGUAGAUGUGGGCAAACACCCCGGUUGGACUGGGCAUGUUUCCACCAGUUGGUCUAUUAACAGUUGUGAUGAUGGUGAAGGACCUGAACAAGAUGAAGUGAUUUCUUCUGAAGACAUUGGGGCUAGCAUUUUCAAUGGACAGAAGAAGGUGCUGUAUUAUGCCGAUGCCCUUACGGAAAUAGCUUUUGUAGUUCCUUCUCCUGUGGAAUCCUUAACUGAUUCAUUGGAAAGUAACAUCUCGGACCAAGAUAGUGAUUCAAAUAUGGAUCUUAUGCCUGGGAUCCUGAAACAGCCAUCCCUGACACUUGAGCUUUUUCCUAAUCACACUGACAAUCUUAAUUCCUCACAGCGGCUUAGUCCCAGUUCCAGAAUGAAGAAGUUGCCUCAGGGUCGUCCUGUGCCUCCUCUUGGACCUGAGACCAGAGUUUCUGUAGUCUGGGUGGAGCGCUAUGAUGAUAUAGAAAACUUUCCCCUUUCAGACCUACUGACGGAGAUCAGUACUGGUGUGGAGACCACUGCAAAUAGUAGCACUUCUCUGAGAUCUGCGACUCUUGAAAAAGAAGUUCCUGUCAUCUUUAUCCACCCUUUAAACACUGGAUUAUUCCGGAUAAAAAUUCAAGGAGCCACUGGAAAAUUUAACAUGGUCAUCCCUCUUGUGGAUGGGAUGAUCGUCAGCAGACGAGCCCUUGGUUUUCUGGUGAGGCAGACUGUAAUUAAUAUUUGUAGAAGAAAGAGACUGGAGAGUGACUCCUACAGCCCACCACAUGUCCGCCGGAAACAGAAAAUCACUGACAUUGUCAACAAGUACCGGAACAAGCAGUUGGAGCCAGAGUUUUAUACUUCACUUUUCCAGGAGGUUGGACUCAAGAACUGCACUUCUUAG